AUGGGCUCAAUAGCACAACUCUCUACCCUUACCACCAAGAGCGAUUGCUCUCAUGUCUACGGUUCUCGCUAUGCCGCCAGAUCUAUGCCAUCCCAGCGACUUCCAGACGAAGAAAUGCCAAAGGAUAUAGCUUACCAGCUGAUCAAAGACGAUCUUGUCCUUGACGGCCAGCCAAUGCUGAAUCUGGCCAGUUUCGUGACCACCUACAUGGAAGACGAAGCCCUGCGACUCCUCGCCGAAUCAGCCAACAAGAACAUCAUUGACCACGAAGAAUAUCCCAAAUCCGUGGAAAUCGAAAACAGAUGUCUGAACAUCCUAGCCGACCUAUUCCAUUCUCCUCUAUCAAACGGGUCCCCAACAGCCGUCGGUACAUCAUGCAUUGGAUCAUCAGAAGCCAUCAUGCUCGCAGUGCUAGCCAUGAAAAAUAAAUGGGAGAAUCACCGCAAAGCCCAAGGAAAGGAUUCCUCCAGCCCAAACAUCAUCAUGAGUACAGGCGUGCAGCUGUGCUGGAAAAAGCCAGCAACCGUCGAUCUGGUCGACGAGAACACAAUUGGUAUCUGCGCCAUCUUGGGCACUACAUACACUGGACAGUAUGAAGAUGUGCGAGCCAUCAACGACCUUCUCCUCGAGCGAGGCCUCGAAACGCCUAUCCAUGUAGACGCCGCCAGUGGAGGGUUUGUGGCUCCCUUUAUCGAUCCUGAGUUACAGUGGGAUUUCCAACUCUCAAACGUCGUCUCGAUUAAUGUCUCCGGACAUAAAUACGGACUGGUAUACCCCGGCAUCGGCUGGGCUCUUUGGCGCUCUCCGUCCGAACUCCCAAAAGACCUGAUAUUCAAUAUCAACUAUCUCGGAGCCGACCAGCUGAACUUCACCCUGAAUUUCUCCAAACCAGCCUCCCACAUCAUAGCUCAAUACUACCAACUCAUCCGAUUGGGUCGAAGCGGAUACACCGCGAUCAUGGCAAACCUUACCAGAACAGCAGAUCAUCUGACAACGCAUCUGAAAGACCUCGGCUUCAUCAUCAUGAGUGAAGGAGGUGGCCACGGCCUUCCGGUGGUAGCGUUCCGGUUAAACCCCACACAAAACGUCUUCUUCGAUGAGUGGGCGCUGUCUCGUAAAUUGCGUGAGAAGGGCUGGAUUGUUCCGGCGUAUACUAUGGCAGCUGACUGUGAGACGAUGGGCAUGAUGCGUGUUGUUGUCAGGGAAGACUUUAGCUUGGGUCGGUGUGAGACUUUGGUUGAGGAUAUCCAGGCGGCGUUGAGGGCGUUAGCGGAGUUGGAGAUGAAGAAUAUCCAGCGAUAUCAAGCGUUACUGCAGAGUCAUGUCAUGAUCCCGAGGACGAUGUGUGAAGAUAAGCCUUGUACGCAGGUUGUUGCGAGGGAGUUGGGCAAAGAAAUGGAAAUGGCUAAAGCCUGA